AUGGGGAACGGACCGGGACAGACACACAGGGCCAAACAUGAGGAAGAACAUGACACUCACUUGUCUGCGAGGGAUCCAUUGCUAUUGCCAAUGCCAGUGCCAGCGCCAGCGCCAUUGCCCUCCGUCUUGAGGCGCAUGGACGACUUGCGCGAUGCUGGGAUGGGGUUGCUGGAGGGUCUCACGGUGGCCGAUGAUCGGGUGCUGUCGGUACUGGUGCUCGUGAGAGAGCUGAAGCGGGAGCCGGCCUCAUUCCUCGUCAUUGUCGCCAGGCCGUCGCGAGAGGGCGCAGAGCCAUGUCAUUCCCGAGAAACAAGGUUGAGAGAAACAGAGGGGACUGGCACCUAG